AUGGGUUCGUCUCUGUAUACUGGUGGACAAGCGUUGUUUAUAUGUGUAGCGUUCAUAGUCAUAGAUCUCGCUGUCAACAUGUUGGGCCUAGCUUGGAAUGGAAAGUACUUUACAAUUGACAAUAUUGCCCAUUGGUUCGAUCUGAAAGCCUACGAUUUCCGUAAGAAUCCUGUGGAUUUUUUGGCGGUUGCAUUGAUCCGUGAUAGUAUUUUACUGGGUGGGGCUGUUUCUGCAUGGGCGUCUCCCAGCGGAUUUGGACAAGUGGCUGAAAAGUGCAAAAACAUCGUAUUUGCUGUGAUUCUCAUUAUAGUCGCGUUUGCUCCUUCCAAACUUCUAGCAUUUUAUGAAGAUGAUAAUAUCCAAUUGGCAGUUGGUGAUUGGAUUCUAAUGAUUUGGUGCACAUUUGCCAGCUUGAUACUUCAAGGAAUUUGGUCGUCAGUUCUCACGCAUGUUUCUGAAUCUGUAGCUGGUACCGGGGAUAGUCUUCUUUUCGGUGAUGUUGAACAUGAAGAAAGGCUUCGCCGAGAAGAAGAAGAAAAAGCUGCCGAGCAAAGAGAAACUUUCAAACUUCUAUAUCGUCUCUUAGGCUACAUGGGACGCCAAUGGAAAUAUUAUGGAAUGGCGUUUUUCUUUUUGCUAUGCUAUUCGUUGAGUCGUGUUUUUAUUCCAUAUUAUACUGGAGAAGUUGUCACUGCUGUUUUUGGAGAGCAAGCUUCCUAUGAAAGACUUCAUCGUACCGUUUUCAUUAUGGCAAUGCUUUCGUUGGCUUGUACGAUAUCUGGAGGUCUUCGAGGCGGCUCUUUCACAUAUGCACAUGCGACAAUAGAUCGACAAAUUAGAAGCGAUUUAUUUAAAGCAGUCGUUCGACAAGAAAUUGGGUUUUUCGAUAUGAACAAGACUGGAGAAAUUUGCUCGAGACUUUCUGCGGAUUGUCAAACUAUGUCGAAUACACUUUCACUUUACAUGAAUGUCCUUACAAGAAAUCUUACAAUGUUAUUCGGUUCGCUUAUUUUCAUGUUCACAUUAUCUUGGAGACUAUCUAUGAUCACGUUGAUCAACAUUCCCAUAAUUUUUUUAAUAAACAAAAUCUUCGGAGUCUGGUAUGAUGAAUUGUCCGAAGAAACACAAAAUUCUGUUGCGAAGGCUAAUGAUGUUGCUGAAGAAGUCUUGAGUUCAAUUAGAACUGUGAAAAGUUUUGCCUGUGAAAAUUACGAAUCAAGUCGUUUUCUUCAAUUCUUGAACGUGACUUUGAAAAUUGCAACCCGCAAAGUUUUCGUAGUUAUUGGAUUAAUUUGGUCUAAUGAGCUACUUCAAAUGGGAAUUUUAACAAUUGUACUCUGGUAUGGCGGACAUUUAGUUAUUGAAAGCAAGGUCGAAUCUGGAUUAUUGGUGUCAUUUUUGUUGUACCAAUUUCAACUCGGAGAAAAUCUUCGGGAGCUUGGAGAAGUGUGGAACGGAUUGAUGCAAGCUGUUGGGGCAUCGAGAAAGGUGUUUGAGUUCAUUGACAGAGAUCCAAAGGUCGAAAACAAUGGAACUUAUAAGCCAGACGUGAUGACUGGAAAGAUAGAGUUCAAGAAUGUUGCUUUUUCGUACCCAAUUCGCCCAGAUUUGCCUAUUAUGACUGACCUUUCAUUCACAGUAGAACCUGGAGAAGUUGUUGCUCUUGUCGGGCCAUCUGGUGGAGGAAAAUCGUCAUGCAUUGCCAUGCUUGAGCAUUUCUACGAGCCCACUAGCGGUGAAGUAUUGAUCGAUGGCGUCUCGGUGAGAGAAUACGAUCACAAAUACCUUCACACAAAAAUCGCCCUGGUUGGACAAGAACCAGUACUGUAUGCUAGGUCUGUUACUGAGAACAUUGGAUAUGGAAUGGACAAAUAUGAUGACGACAUGGUUCAAAAAUCAGCGAAACUUGCGAAUGCUCAUCAAUUCAUAAUGGAUACUUCGGAUGGUUAUAAUACUGAUGUUGGAGAAAAGGGAAGUCAGAUGUCAGGAGGGCAGAAGCAAAGAAUAGCAAUAGCUAGAGCUCUUGUUAGACAACCUGUUGUUUUAUUGUUAGAUGAAGCCACGUCUGCGCUCGAUGCCGAAUCGGAGCACACGGUCCAAGAAGCUAUUUCAAAAAAUCUAAAAGGAAAAACUGUUAUUUUAAUUGCUCACAGGCUUUCGACCGUCGAAAACGCGGAUAAAAUCGUGGUCAUAAAUAAGGGCAAAGUUGAACAAAUGGGAAAUCACAAAGAAUUGAUGGAACAGGAUGGAUUGUACAAACAGCUGGUUCAACGUCAAAUGAUGGGUGGUGAUGAAGACGAUUUAGAGGAGGAUAUUGAGCCAAUUCGAGAAUCAACUCCAGCGAGAAGUCGAACGUCUGGUGGCCGACGUAUUAAAAGUCCAUCUCAGUCAGUGAGCCAGUCAUUCCUUGGAACUUCUUUUGCUAGCAGUUACCUUUAA